UUCACGGCUCCGUAAAGACUGCAUAGAGCUGCUGCUCGCUGACUUUUUUUGUAGUCGUCAUGUUCUCGCUGCGGCAGGGACCAGGAAGACGAGCGCUGGACGGGCUGGUCCACGAGUGGCUCCCAUGGGACUGGAGGCAAGAAGACGAGUAGAGAAGCAGCACAUACACGCUGCAAGAAGCCCAUGCUAAAGCUCUAUAGACGGCCCUCCAUUGGCACGAUGAAGAAAAAUCCGCUGACUCAGCUCUUCCUCGCUCUACUUCUCUCCCUGCCACCGGUCAGCGGGCAGCUGAUCAGUGGCCCGCUGGACUGUCGGAAACAGUGCGUGUGUGCCAGCGACAUCAUCAGCUGCUCCAGAGUCAAUCUCACCUACGUUCCCGUCCCGCUUCCAAAGUACACGUCCAUGUUGGACCUCAGCUUCAACACCAUCGGCCGACUGCGAGCCGAGUGGACGCCCAUCCCACUGACGCGCCUCCGCACUCUGCUGCUUGCCCACAACAGCCUCAACUUCCUCUCCUCGGAGGCGUUCGCGCACGUGACCGAGGUGCGCUACCUGGACUUGUCUUCCAACGAGCUCCGCCAGCUGGAUGAGUCAAUCUUCGGGCCCCUGAAGAAGCUGGAAGUACUUCUGCUCUACAGGAACUUGAUCUCGCAAAUCGACCGCUCCGCCUUCUCGGACCUUGAAGGCCUGCAGAGGAUCUACUUGAACCAGAACCAGAUCUCACGCUUCCCCUUGGAGCUGGUGAAGGAGCGAACCCGCGUGCAGAAUAUCACGGUGCUGGACGUCUCCUCCAACCGCAUCAAAACGCUGACGCCUCAGGAGCUUGGAGCUCUGCCCGCCUGGAUCGCCAACGGUCUGUACUUCCACGACAACCCACUGCCGUGCAGCUGCGAUCUUUUCCAGCUGGUUGCACGCUGGCAGCUCAAAAGUCUCAGCUCCGUCGUGGACUUCAAGAGCGAGCACACUUGUGUCCUGGCUGGCACGCCCAAACAAAAGGUGCCCAUACUGGACCUGCACAAAGCCUACCUGAACUGCAGCCAGGUGAAGACUACGGACAGAGAAGCUUACCUGGAGCAGUCCUUGGUGCUGGACUGUGACACCAAGCAAAGGAACAUGGCAAAGAGCUGGGCGCUGCCGGGAAACGCCACCGCUUUGAUACUUCCGGACGGAAACCUUCAGCUGGGGCCGCUGAAAGAAGAUGACUCCGGCGUCUACACCUGCUAUGCCACCAACGACGUCCUCAACGAGACCUUGUACAUCACCGUGGUGGUCUUCAACGCCACGGUCGACGGUGGCAUGGAGAAUCUUAAGACGGCGUACACCACGCUCAUCGCCUGCUUGGUGAGCAUCGUGAUGGUUUUCAUCUACCUCUACCUCACGCCAUGUCAGGGAGCGUGCUGCCCGGUUCACGACCCCGAGAAGAACGACCCGACGGGCAGCCUACGCUCUUUCGUCGUCAGUAUCGCCCACGCCGACACGCAGACGGCGGCUGAACAGGGAGGCGGAGACUUGGCCAAAGACUUGAUGGAGCAGAACGGCAGGUUGAACCCCUUGAGUGAAACAAGGAGGACGUCUGUCAGCUCGGACACGCCGAUGGUGGUCUGAGAAGCACUUUCUGUACUGGUGGUCUAAGAAAUACUUCCUGUAUAAGACAAUGAGUACAACAACAGCAACAGUAAGUACAGGAGAUCUUCUCAAGGGCUAUCAUGACUACACAAGUAAAACUAGGAAGUACUUUCAAGUGUUUCAUUCCUAUUGUCGUGACCAGAUCUGGUCAUUAGGGCGUUAGGGUUAUGGGUAUGAAAACGAAGGAAAGUAUGAAAAAGAACAUUUAUAUCAUCAUCUGUGUCAGUAGAACAUUUCAGCCUACAAGAACGCCACUUCUAACACGUUGCGGUAAGUUGUAGAUGUUUACGUUUUACCUGCGCGUAUGCUCUCAUUAACGCUGUUAUAAUGUCACAAGUGACUGGAAAAUGUGCAUCUUUUGUAGUAGUAGUGUCUAUCUCUCUCACACACACACAAACACCAACCAACUAAGUACCAAGUACCAUUAAAAUGUAGCUACUAAAUACAUUUGGAAGUUACUUGCAAGUUACUCAGUAUUUGAUUAGCUUUUUCACUGAGUCAUAUUACUCUCUGACUUGGGUAAAAUGUUUGACUACUUUACCCAUUUCUAACAAUACAAAUAUAAUACAAAUCUUUUAUUUUAUUAAAUUAAGAAUUUGUUCC